GGGGCUCCGCGGCCUCUCGCCGGGGGCUCAGCGGGGAGUCACGGCUUUGAUACGGGCGAGGAGGAAGAUAAGUAGCUCGCCCAACUCCGCCGCACCCGAGCCCCUGGGUUUGCUUCGCCAUCGCAGGGAGCGYGUGAAGACCAGACCGAGUGCCGCUUCUCCCCGCCACCGACGGGCUAGCAAGGGUCGGCCCGGGCCCAGCCCCGCGCCCAGCGGAGUUGCCUUCAGCCGCGGACCGGUGCCACCCGCCUCACUUUGCCGGGGUUGUUUUCUUGACUUGGCUUUGGAUAGAACGGACUUCGCUGUCUCCGCACCCUGAAAGUUGCCCGAGCGCUCCCCGCGGCGAGGAGGAGGGCGGCGCGCCCCGCGCCUCCCCGGGGCCGAGGCCGGUGGGCCCGGCUGGGCUGCAGCGGACGGUGAUGAUGUGCGGCUGGGGGAAGCUCACCCUGUCCCUGGGGCUGCUGCUGGCGAUGGCGGGCGCGGUGGCGCCGCAGCCGUGCCCGGCGCAGUGCUCCUGCUCGGGGAGCACCGUGGACUGUCACGGGCUGGCGCUGCGCGGCGUCCCGAGGAACAUCCCCCGCAACACCGAGAGGCUGGAUCUUAAUGGAAAUAACAUCACAAGAAUCACGAAGACYGACUUUGCUGGUCUAAGGCACCUUCGAGUUCUUCAGCUCAUGGAGAACAAGAUUAGUACUAUUGAGAGAGGAGCAUUCCAGGAUUUAAAAGAGCUGGAGAGGCUGCGACUAAACAGAAAUAACCUCCAGUUGCUUUCUGAACUGCUCUUUCUGGGGACACCGAAGUUAUACAGGCUGGAUCUCAGUGAAAAUCAGAUUCAAGCAAUACCAAGGAAGGCAUUCCGAGGAGCAGUAGAUAUAAAAAAUCUGCAACUGGAUUACAACCAGAUCAGCUGUAUUGAAGAUGGGGCAUUUAGGGCUCUGCGUGACCUGGAAGUGCUCACUCUCAACAAUAACAACAUCACUCGGCUGUCUGUGGCAAGUUUCAACCAUAUGCCCAAACUCAGAACAUUUCGCCUUCACUCCAAYAACCUGUACUGCGACUGCCACCUGGCCUGGCUGUCGGACUGGCUGCGGCAGCGGCCGCGCGUYGGGCUCUACACGCAGUGCAUGGGGCCAUCGCACCUCCGCGGGCACAACGUGGCCGAGGUGCAGAAACGCGAGUUUUCCUUUGCAGGUCACCAGUCCUUUAUGGCUCCAUCCUGCAGUGUCUUGCACUGCCCUGCUGCAUGCACCUGUAGUAACAACAUUGUGGACUGUCGUGGGAAAGGCCUUACUGAGAUCCCAACGAACCUUCCAGAAACCAUCACUGAAAUACGGUUGGAACAAAAUUCAAUCAAGGUCAUACCUCCUGGAGCUUUCUCCCCCUAUAAAAAGCUUCGAAGAAUUGACCUGAGCAAUAACCAGAUCUCUGAAGCAGCUCCAGAUGCUUUCCAGGGCUUACGUUCACUCAAUUCACUAGUCCUCUAUGGCAAUAAAAUCACAGAACUUCCAAAGGGUCUAUUUGAAGGACUCUUUUCUCUGCAAUUGCUAUUAUUGAAUGCCAACAAGAUCAAUUGUCUGCGAGUUGAUGCCUUUCAAGAUCUGCACAACUUGAAUCUUCUUUCUUUGUAUGACAACAAGCUUCAGACCAUUGCAAAAGGCACCUUCUCACCCCUCCGUGCCAUUCAGACCUUGCAUUUGGCUCAGAACCCAUUUAUCUGUGACUGCCAUCUGAAGUGGCUGGCGGAUUAUCUUCACACAAACCCCAUUGAGACCAGUGGUGCCCGUUGCACCAGCCCCCGCCGUCUGGCAAACAAAAGGAUCGGCCAGAUCAAAAGCAAGAAAUUCCGCUGCUCAGGCACUGAAGAYUACAGAUCCAAAUUAAGUGGAGACUGCUUUGCAGAUUUGGCUUGCCCUGAGAAAUGUCGCUGUGAAGGGACCACAGUGGACUGCUCCAAUCAGAAACUCAACAAAAUUCCUGAUCACAUCCCCCAGUAUACAGCAGAGCUGCGACUAAAUAACAAUGAAUUUUCAGUCCUUGAAGCUACUGGAAUCUUUAAGAAACUUCCUCAGCUGCGUAAAAUAAACCUGAGCAAUAACAAGAUUACAGAUAUAGAAGAAGGAGCAUUUGAUGGAGCCUCUGGUGUGAAUGAACUAUUGCUCACAAGCAACCGCUUGGAAAGUGUUCAACACAAAAUGUUCAAAGGACUAGAUAGUCUGAAAACACUAAACCUCUUGGCCAAUCCCUUCAACUGCAACUGCCAUCUCGCGUGGCUUGGGGACUGGCUAAGGAAGAAACGCAUCGUGACGGGAAACCCUCGCUGCCAAAAACCCUACUUCCUCAAAGAGAUUCCUAUCCAGGAUGUGGCAAUUCAGGAUUUUACAUGUGAUGAUGGAAAUGAUGACAAUAGUUGCUCUCCCCUGGCCCGCUGCCCUGCAGAAUGUACUUGUCUGGACACAGUAGUUCGCUGCAGCAACAAAGGUCUAAAAGCUUUGCCUAAAGGCAUCCCAAAAGACGUAACUGAACUUUAUUUGGAUGGAAAUCAGUUUACCCUUGUUCCAAAAGAGCUUUCGAACUACAAGCAUUUAACACUCAUAGAUUUAAGUAACAACAGAAUCAGCACUCUUUCUAAUCAGAGCUUCAGCAACAUGACUCAGCUGCUCACCUUAAUUCUUAGUUACAAUCGCCUAAGAUGUAUCCCUGCACGGACUUUUGAUGGGUUGAAAUCACUUAGGUUGUUGUCUUUACAUGGCAAUGAUAUUUCUGUUGUUCCUGAAGGAGCUUUUAAUGAUCUUUCAGCAUUAUCACACCUGGCUAUUGGAGCAAAUCCUCUUUAUUGUGAUUGUAACAUGCAGUGGUUAUCUGACUGGGUAAAAUCAGAAUACAAAGAACCUGGUAUUGCACGUUGUGCUGGUCCUGGAGAAAUGGCAGAUAAACUUCUUCUCACAACUCCUUCUAAGAAGUUUACUUGCCAAGGACCUGUGGAUGUUAAUAUUCUUGCAAAGUGUAAUCCCUGUUUAUCAAACCCAUGUAAAAAUGAUGGAACCUGCAAUAAUGAUCCAGUUGACUUCUACAGAUGUACAUGUCCAUAUGGUUUCAAGGGUCAAGACUGUGAUAUUCCYAUUCACGCUUGCAUUAGUAACCCGUGCCACCAUGGUGGAACUUGUCAUUUGAAAGAAGGAGAAAAAGAUGGUUUCUGGUGCACCUGUGCAGAUGGAUUUGAAGGUGAAAACUGUGAAGUAAAUGUUGAUGACUGUGAAGACAAUGACUGUGAAAACAAUUCUACUUGUGUGGAUGGAAUUAAUAACUAUACUUGCCUUUGUCCACCUGAAUACACAGGUGAACUCUGUGAGGAAAAAUUAGAUUUCUGUGCCCAAAACCUGAAUCCUUGCCAGCAUGAUUCAAAGUGUAUCUUGACACCCAAAGGAUACAAAUGUGAUUGCACACCUGGAUAUGUAGGUGAGCAUUGUGAUAUUGACUUUGAUGACUGCCAGGAYAACAAAUGUAAAAAUGGAGCACAGUGCACGGAUGCAGUUAAUGGAUAUACAUGUAUUUGCCCAGAAGGAUAUAGUGGUUUGUUCUGUGAGUUUUCACCACCAAUGGUUCUGCCUCGCACCAGCCCUUGUGAUAAUUUUGAAUGUCAAAAUGGAGCCCAGUGUAUUGUGAAAGAAAGUGAACCAAUCUGUCAAUGUUUAUCAGGCUACCAGGGUGAGAAAUGUGAGAAGCUGAUUAGUAUAAAUUUUGUCAACAAAGAAUCCUAUCUGCAAAUCCCUUCAACUAAGAUCCGCCCCCAAACCAAUAUCACUCUWCAGGUUGCUACAGAUGAAGACAGUGGGAUCCUGCUCUACAAAGGCGACAAAGAUCAYAUAGCAGUGGAACUGUACCGGGGUAGAGUGAGGGUCAGCUAUGACACAGGAUCAUAUCCAGCCUCUGCUAUUUACAGUGUGGAAACAAUUAAUGAUGGCAAUUUCCACAUUGUGGAGCUCCUAGCUAUGGAUCAGGUUCUCUCUUUAUCUAUUGAUGGAGGAAGCCCCAAGAUAAUUACCAACUUGUCCAAGCAAUCUACUCUGAAUUUUGAUUCUCCGCUGUAUGUAGGAGGCAUGCCUGUGAAAAAUAACAUAGCAGCUUUACGCCAGUCCCCAGGGCAGAACGGCACUAGCUUCCAUGGCUGCAUCCGUAAUYUGUACAUCAACAGCGAACUCCAGGACUUCAGAAAUGUGCCACUGCAAGUGGGAAUUCUGCCAGGUUGUGAGCCUUGUCACAAGAAAGUUUGUGUGCAUGGAACAUGCCAUGCUACAAGCCAGUCAGGYUUUACCUGUGAGUGCGAAGGAGGAUGGACCGGACCACUCUGUGAUCAACAAACUAACGACCCAUGUCUUGGAAAUAAAUGUGUGCAUGGUACCUGCUUGCCGAUCAAUGCGUUUUCAUACAGUUGUAAAUGCCUGCAGGGACAUGGGGGAGUCCUCUGUGAUGAAGAGGAAAUGCUGCUUAACCCCUGCCAAUCCAUCAGGUGUAAACAUGGCAAAUGUAGGCUUUCAGGACUUGGGAAACCAUAUUGCGAAUGCGGCAGCGGAUACACGGGGGACAGUUGUGAUAAAGAAAUCUCUUGUCGAGGGGAACGAGUCCGAGAUUACUACCAAAAGCAGCAAGGGUAUGCUGCGUGCCAGACGACCAAGAAGGUAUCGAGAUUAGAAUGUAAAGGCGGCUGUUCCAGCGGGCAGUGCUGUGGGCCACUGCGGAGCAAGAGGCGGAAAUACUCCUUCGAGUGCACUGACGGGUCRUCGUUUGUGGACGAGGUUGAAAAAGUGGUGAAGUGUGGCUGUACAAAUUGUCCCUCCUAAGUGUCCCUGUCACACUUGUCUUUUGAAAAUGUAUACUUAUUGACCGUGUCGGACUAAUUAAUGCUUCAUAGUGGAAAUAUUUGAAAUAUAUUGUAAAAUACAGAACAGACUUAUUUUUAUUAUGAGAAUAAAGACUUUUUCUUCAUUGAAAAAAAAAAAAAAAAGAUUCAAGUGCUUGAACUGAAACUUCUCAUACCCAAGAGGAGCUUUGAAGAAAAAAAAAAGACCUGGUAACAUUGCAGCAGAGAUGGGAAACUUUAACUGCUUUUAACAUGGAUUCUUCUUUAUAACAUGCUGAAGAUACACUGACACUAUACACACGUGACUUUCAACUUAAGAGCUCAGAGAUGAAAUACUGACCAGAACACAAGGCUUGCUUUUUCACUUUCGUAUYGGUCAAUUUUAUUGUCUUGACAGACCAUAACAAUCACUUGCCUAUGGAUGAGGAAGCUUUAUGAGCAAAAAGAAUCAGAAUAUACAGGAAUAACAAUUGUUUGAAACACAUUUUGUCUUUUGGAAUUAUUAAGCAUCUUGAGAAGAUGGGGUCUCAUUUAAUGAAUGGGAAAUGGGAGAUACAAGAAUAUACUAUAAUCCUGAAAUCUCCUGAUGAUGUGURCUUUUAUGUCAGCAUGUUAGCAAAAGAAGCAUAAAAAAGUGUUUAUCUUCCCUUUUACAGUAUUAAUUUUUUGUAAUAUAAAUGUUCAGGGGAUGAUAAAAUAGAUUAUUGAUGGAUAAAUUAGUAAUAAUAUGGAUUUCUGUUUCUAUGAGUUCUAAACAACUCUAUACAGUAUUCGGUUUCAUUGAGAAAUAUUUAUUGUAUCAAAGUACAUUGUACUUAACCCUUUUAGGCCAUCCCUUUUACUGUUUUUUCAAUGCUUUAAUAUAUAUUAAUUUAUAUUUGUCCCAGUAUUUUUGUAAUUUUUUUUAAAGGACUUAAAAAUCAGGAUUUUUUUGCAAUAGAACUAACGUAGCAUGUCGUCUUGGGGUAAAUGUUUUCAGUCUGUUUUUUCUUUUCCAUUCCCUUUUACUUUUCCUUAGAAUCUGACCAMUUGGUGUCACUGAAUAGAAAGUGGUGACAAUAUAUUUCACAUAUAGCAGAUAUUCAGGACACCUUCCAAGAACCUGUAAUAUAUGACAGAAAAUGUCUUUACACUAGAUGGCAAUUGUAGAGAAGUUAAUUUUCCCUAUAUACAGUACUUACAGAAAAUAAGAUGGCGUGUAGAAAAUGACAUUAGAAGAUAGAUCUUUAUAAAUUAAUGUUCCCAUGGAGCUCUUUACCUUUUUUAUAAAAAAGAAAAAGAAGGCUGUGCUAUCAAAAACUGUGAUUUUCCCCAAAUAAUAAAACUGCUUUACUGCCCUAAUGUUCCCCAUGUUAACAUGUUGCUGCUAAAUUAUAAUGUAGAAUUGGUAAUCAAUAGUGGGUUGUGUUCUUCUUUCAGUAAAACCCAGGGUACCCUGUAAAAAUGCAGAUGUUUUUUCAAUUUUAUUUUAUUAUUUUUUUUACAAAAAAGUUAGAUGUACAUGUGUAAUGCAGUGUGCUUUGUCAUAUUUGGACUGAUAUCAGUAAUGCUACUGAUGUUUGUAAAUUAAACAGAUAUUUACUUCAUUAACAGCUUUUAUUUGUAUUCUUCUGAGAAGUUUAAAUUGUCUAGCAGCCUUUAAUUAAACACCUGUUGCAAAGAACAUUUGGUAAAAAACAGAAUAAAACCCAACCCUAGAUCUAGUGUAUUCAUUGCUGAAAAUCUGAAGAAGGAAUUGAUCUUGGGAUGAUUACAUCUAGAGGCAGUGAAUUCUUAAAAUGUUGGUGCAUUAUGAACUCAGAUGAACUUAUACCAAAACUAAGAAAAUACUUAUAAAUAAA